AUGGGUCUUCGGACAGUUCAUCCGCACGGGUGGAUCGAACUGGACAAUGAGUUCCCCAAGUACCACGCAGAAAAGGCGGCUCGCAUCGAAGAGCGCGGGGACAAGUGUGUCAAGACAGCGCCCGAAGCAUUGGACGCUGCUAUCGAGCUCUUGGAAGAGCUGACGGCCUACUUGCCAGCUCGCUAUCCCAGCCUGUACAAACGCACACGCGAGGGUAUCGACAAUCUCUGGUCAGGGGAAUCGUUCAACGUUGUCGAGCGUCCCCUGAGGGAAGACCCCAUGGCCAUCUGUGGGCGUCUUGUGCAAGACGACCUUGCCGUGCUGCUGGAGCAGCCCGAUGGGCAGUACCGCCUCCUUGCCGGUUCCAUCCUUCUGGCCGGUUUCUGGAGACUGUCGGACAAGUUUGGCAUGACCCUCUCCGAUGUGCACACCUCUGGCGACGUCCCCCACUUCAGAGAGAAGCUCGAGACGUCCAUGAACAAGUUCUUUCGCCGUAUGAAGUGCGACACGUUCCACGCGCGGAACAACUACUUUUUCCAAGUCGACGACGGCCUUGGGUGGAGUUCCAGCAUGGGCGACGAAGAUGCCCAAAAGGUCGCCCGAGGGACGGCGCCGACGGAAAAGGCCAUUGAGCACCACUGGUUUCGCUCCGAGCGGCAGACGCUACGCAGACUGCCAAAGACCAGAGCUGUCGCCUUCACGAUCAGGACAUACCUUGUGCCAGUCACUGAGAUGGCCAAGGAGCCCUAUGUCCCCGGAAGAUUGGCGAGCGCAGUGCGCAGCUGGGACGAGCUCGUGUCAAGCUACAAGGGCAAGGAAGAGUAUGCGGCUGUGCUGUUGGACUUUCUGGACGAGAAACAUAAGGAGCAGGUGGAUGAUGGACUUGACCUGGAGAAGGAGGACGAGGUUCGGAAAUAUCCUUGGUAG